UGAUUUUUUAUUUUUUUUUAAUUUGUUGUAGAAAUGGGGUUUCACUAUGUUGCCCAGGCUCUUUGCCAGAUUUUGAUAACCCUAAGUAGUCUCUGCCAGUAUCCCCAAAAUUCUCAUCCCGUUUUGUAUAUUUCCUGGAAUCUCCUUGAUCCUUUAAUCAUAAUCUCAUGAUUAAAUGAACAGAUGUUAUAUGCAGGGAAAGGAAUUGAAAGAGCGAGGGUUGAGGUGAGUUGGAGGUCUCUGAGAAAGGGCUAUUGAUUUUUCCUUUGUCUUGUAUUCCUUGAGUCAUAUUGGCAGCGUAGAUACUACUCAGAUGUUUGUGAAAGAUGCAAGGGAGUCUCUCUAGGCCCUGCAGUUUUAGAGGAAGACAGAGACAACAGGCAAGCAUGUUUUCCAGGAAACCCUAUUAUCAUUUAGCCUGCCCUUGACAUAGUUUAGCUCAAGUUUUCUUUUUCUACAAAUAUACUUCCUUCUGGAUUGUUUUGUUUGCCCCAGACUGGUACAACUUCAGGAGCAUGGCUGUGUUCCCUAAAGCCUCUACUUGUUGAGUUUAUCUUAGUUGUCUGCAGGUGCCUUAAAUGCCCUUAGUAAUCUAAACUUAAUCAGAAUCCUCUCCCACACACAGGAGUGGAUGUCAGGUGGUGGCCUCACUGACUUCUUUAAAAUCAGUCCUGUUAAUGAGUGGCCUUUGGUGGCACAGGGAUAGUUUUGCACUUGAUUAGCAUUCUGUUAGAAUGCAUGAGGAAUAAAGUUUAGAAAGCUGACAUAAAAGGAAAUGAGAUAAACCUUGCAAAAAAACCGGUCAAACCAGGGGAGCAUGUCAAUAGUAGGAUGGACUUUUAUGUCUUGUGAAAGGAAAUGCAAUAUUUUACAUGUUGUCUAGUUUUUAGGGGAAAGCACUGUUUAUGUCUGUUUUUGCUCAAAAUUGUAUCACCAGUACCGUUCACAGGGCCAGACACAUAGUAGGUGCUUAGUAAAGAUUUGUUUUGUUAAUUGCUUAAAGUUCUCCAGUUUUGCUUGUGUCCUAAACCACCAAAGGCUGAUAUAGGUAUAGGAAAUAGAGACAUCUAGAGAACUACCCCAUGGUGGCGAUUCAAGCAUUAGAUGAAGAUUUGAAACCUUAGAUCAUCUGUAAUCUUUAGAUUCUCGGAUCAGGUAAAACAAUUUCUAGGAGGGCUCAGAAUUUUUAUUGUUUAAGUAUAUGUAUCUGAGGCCUUGAGUACAGUCUGCUGAAAAGUGCCUAUUCAUUUCUUCUAAUAGGUUGAAGAAACCUAUUAGAAGAAACCUAUUAUUACUACUGCUAAUAAUAAAAACUAUUAUUUAUUUAUAGUUAAUUGCAUGCCUGGCUUGGUACUGUACUUACUGCUUUUCACACGUAAUCUCAUUUAAUCUUUACAAUAACCUUGUGAGGAAGAGACUAUUUUAAAGCCUCUUUUCAUAGAUACACUGAGAACUACAGAAGUAUUAAUAACUUGCCCAUGUCUUCACAAUAAGUGGUAGAGCUUGAAUUCAAAUCCAGGAAAGCCUGAUCCCUCAGGCCUACUUCCUUAAUCUAUAUAAUACUGCCCACUCCUAGUUCGUGUCUUUUAGUCCUAGUUCUGUUGUGUGAUUUGUGGUCUUAAUAUCCCCCUCCUGGUCUUAGUUUUCUCAUCUAUUUUACAACUUGAGAUUACUACCUUUCCUUCCCCUUUUGCCCAGGCUGAAGUACAGCAGCAGCAUCACAGCUCACUGCAACCUCCACCUGCUGGUCUCAGGUGAGGAGAUUGCUGCAAAUUCUAGCAUUUCAUACUUAGUCUGUGCUUGAAGGAGCUACAGCAGCUCAUUUUCUGUGCAAUAGAAGUUGUAAAUUCAUUUACCCAUCAGUUUUUAGCCUGGAUGUCUAGCAUACUCAAUUAAAACUCUUCAAAACUGACAAGCCCUUUUAUUAAUCUUUAUGUGCCUUUGUAUGCCAUGAAAGGAAAGUUUCUUCAUGCUUUCAAAAUGUAGUUUGUAAACUGAAUGUGUUAUUAAUACUAGUACAGUUAUUGUUAAUGCUGUUUCUGGUUAUUAUUUAUUUAGCAUCCUUUUAUUGUACACCUACAGGUAUCAGGCUAAGUACUUUAUAUGCAUAAAAUCCAUAGUCAUUACAGUACUCUUUUUAUAAAUUAAAAAAGCAGGUUUAGACAGGUUAAAUAAAUUGCCUUCUUCCCCACAACUUGUGACAGUGCUAAGAUAUGAUCUCAGUUCUAUAUAACUUCAAGGUUCAUUUUUUUGGUUUGUUUGCUUUUUCUACUACCUUAGUUACUCAUUUCUUGGAAUGGGGAAAACCCAGUGGUGCUAGAAGAGGCUAGAUUAAUAUGGAAUAUGAUUAUGUAAUUUUUCUGAGUCUUAGGGCAGCCAGAGUAGACACAGCUUAAGGGAUAGAUUCUCAUUGGGAACUGAAGAGAUGUGCUAGUACAGUAUGGUACGGUAUGUACAGUAUUAAUCAUUAGGUCAAGGGUUGUGAGAAGAUGGUAAGCUGAUGUUAGAUGAGGUGGGAGGUCAAGAAUUAAUGGGACAAAGUGCACAACAGGAAACAGACCUUCAAGGGAUCAUGAAGGGAGCCAAGAUGAUACAUAGCAUGUUGGAUACUCACUCUGAUUGGUUGCAGAGUUGAUAGCUGGCAGAAAAUGGGCAGCUUACUUAAAGAUUUGGAAUGAUAAAACAAUUCCUUUUAUUUGUGUAGCCUUUUGGGGAAACUGAAGUCUAAUUGACCUUCUAUCUGAGUCAUUCUUGGUAUUAACAGUAAUGACCAGAUGUGCCCUUCUGGAGGAGACAGGCUGUAUCUGCCUGUCUCUUAGCUCCAUUUCAGGCUAGGAUCCUUCACAAAGCCAUGUUUUCAAGUCAUGGAAAUGGGAAAAGUGGUUCUGGCUUUUUCCAGGUUUGAGGCUAUAUCCGUGCCCUAUGCUUUCGUGAAGGGAACACAGGUUUUCCUGGCAAAGCAUGGCAGCUUUGGGGCAGGAAUUGUUGACAUCCUCAGAGAGCUUGGUGAAGCUGUAGUCAGUUGAGAUAAUUUGGGGAUGUGGGCAUAGUAAAUUCGUUUUUUUUAACCUUAUGUCUUAGAGAGGUAGGAAGCUUUUCAAUAGGAGAAAUAUGAUAUUCCAGAAAGCUGGGGAAAUAAUUUGCUGCUAUUUUUACAAGUUGGCAGCCUUGUCUAAUAAACUGAUCUGCAUUGCCAGCUCUGGGAAGAACACAGAUGUCCCUGUGCAUUGUAAGGUAAUGUUCUAGAUUCAGACUCCAAAUGUUGUCCUCAGUCUGUUGUCCCAGACAAUAGAAGAGAGAACUGUAGCUAUUGAUUUAGAAUUUAGAAGGGUUGCAUGGAUCCUGAAUUGUAAUUUCUAUCACUCUUGUCUAUACUAUUGCCCCUAGACACUUGGCAUUUAAGAAUUUACCAUUCAUAGUUUCAGAUAUCCACAUCAGACCUCAUAUGCUUAUGAUAUGUGGUAAAUACUGUUUUGCUGAGAUAUGGAUUUGAGUCAGAAGGGAUUGCAAGCUUGCUCUGUGAGAGUAGGUCACUCAGCUAAUAAAUCAAUCUAUCCCACUCUAUAGCAGCAGAAUCUCAUAACUAUAUUAGUGUUCCUUCUCUGUUAUGGAGAAAAUGCAUAUGCCAUAAGGCAGCAUUCCCCAGAGUAUGGUCAAGAGAACAUUAGUUAAUCAUUGUUAUGUGACAGUAAAAAAUAGCUUGAAAUAAUGUUAGGUUAAAUAAAGUAAAAAUAUCUGUACUGCAAGGUUCUACCAUGUUUGAACUGCCUGACCUUGAGCAAGUUUUUCUGAGUAUUCGUUUCCUCAUCUGUAAAAUAGGAUAAUAAAAAUAUUACCUACUUCAUAAUGUCAUCAUGAAGAUUAAAAGAGGUUAAGCAUAUAAAGUAUCUGUCACAGUAACUAGCACAUAGUAGGCACUAGAUGCAUAGUUUCCCUUGUAAUACAAAGGAAGUGGGAUAUCAGGGAGGAAGAAUUGACUUUAGAUAAUUGUGCAUGUCUGCUGCUAUAUAUUUGUCAGAUUGCACUCCAAAGCUAAUAUAGUAGAAACUUAUGGUAAUAUAUAUCUCUACAUUAACUCCCGUUCUUCUCUAUGCCUGGAGAAAGAGUUGAUGUCAUGUGCAAAGUGUUCUUGAGCUAAAUGCAUUGUCCUUAAAAUCCAACGAACUUGCCCUCCACUUCCUCCUUCUCCUUAGUGGUUGACCAUCUGCAGAUCACAAGACUGCACAGGUACAGCUGUAGGAUUUGCAUUUAUGAAAUGCUAACUUUAUCAUGUGCCUCAACUUGCUAGACCUAUUCGUUCUGGUUUGGGGUAUAAGUUGACAGUAACCUAAGGCUACAGAGCACUGAGAUCUCUCUGGGUCAACUUCAUAAGCAUAUGUAUAUCAAGAGGGUUGGAGUGUUCAUGGUUUGUACUGGAUGAAGCAGAGGGUACUGUAAGCCAGAAAUAAACUAUCUUGAUAAGGCACUGCUAUUUUUUAAAUCAUCUAGGCUUGAGUCUUUGGCUAUCUCAGCUGUUCAUCACUCCCCCACUAUAAUCCACUCACCUUUCAAAUCUUACUGAUUAUACUUCUGGAUAUUGCUCAAAUGAAUCUUUUCAUUUCCACCACCUGCUCCCUAGUUCAGACUCCCCAUUACCCCUGUCUUCUCUGAUUUGUUUCCCCACUGCAUUCCUGCUUUGAUCAUAUCAGCUUCCUGCUUCAAAACAUUUAUCGCCUCACCAUGCCUUUGAAAAUGAAGCUCAAAAAUCUCAUUUUGGCUCUUAAGACCUUUUAUAAUUAUUCCCCCAAUUUACCUUUCCAAGCCUGUUACUCUAUUCCCCAUAUAUACUCCCACUGUUUUAAUCUAAGGAUAAUAAAAAAGAGAACUAAAAUUCAUUUAAGGCUUUUUUUGUGCAGAGCCAAAUCUUAGCAUUCUAUAUACUCUAGAGAUUAUUUAAUUCUUACAUUAACUCUGUAAAGACAGUAUUAUUUCCAUUUUAAAGAUGGAGAAAAUAAAAUGCAUAGAUUUUAAAUAUUCUCUGUUUUCUUCCUAAUACAUGAAACUUCUUGUCCUUUCGUUUGUCUUUUAAACUUUGUUAAGGUUGUGCCUUUUGCCUGCUUCUUUCUUCCCUCUCUGUGUGUUUAUGCUUCUUUCCAGGCCAAUAUAAAAUGUCAUCUUCCUUUUGAAAAUUCUGUGUCCCUUCAAAUUAGAAUGACUCCUCAACCCCCAUCAAACUUAGUUUUUAUUUCAUUUCUAGUACUACUUUCUGCCUUCAUUAUUAUUUGCCUACAUGUCUUGUCUUUUAUAAAGUUUGAAUAUCUGAAGAGCAAGAUCUGUAUCCUGAAGACCUCUUGUAUCUAGUACAGAACAAGAUACCUAAACUUAGAUGGGUGGGUAGAUGAGUAGGUAGGAGGAUAGAUGCAUGGAAAAUGUGUAUUUUCUGAUCUAAUGUUUUGCAGAUUACCUAAAGCUAAUCAUCACAAUUUUCUAAGUCUGUGGAUGAUUCCUAGGGCCCCAAACAUGACACAGUAAACUCUAUGACAUGAUGAAAAAAAAAAAAAAUAGCCUCCACACUUUUGCUUACAUGGUUUUCUUUGCUUAAAGUACCUUUAUCCCUCAGUCCUUCAUUUCUUUACUUUAGGAGUGAAACUGCUUUUGGGAAGCCUUCCCCAAGUCUGUUAGGUGGAAUCUAUCAUUCCAUCCACUGUACUCCAGCAGAACAUUAUGUGGACCUGCAUGUCACACUUACUCCUUUUACUGUGCAUAAUUCUCCUGUGCUUUUCUGUUAGUGUAAAUAGUAAGUUGUAAAACUCACCAAAUAUGAAAGUAAUCAUUAGCAUUUAUUAAAGUAUACUACUUCCCUGGUGCUAUAUACUAAGCACAUCAUAUUUAUCUUGUUAUUUAGCCCUUACAAUAACCAUUAUUCUACAAUAAUAGAUUGUUCUACAAUAAUAGAAUAAGGUAGACACCAUUUUUCUAUUUUACAGAUGAGUGAUGGGGAAAGAGCUUUUGGAAGUUUGAGUUACUUCCUUAUGGUCAUGCAACUAACAGGAAUUUUACCCUCUAGGGCAUGAAUACUGUGCUGUUCAGUUCUGAGCUGUGCUAGCAGUACCCUUCAAAGGAAGAGCAAUGGCUGCAGCAGCAGCUUCUCACCUGAACCUGGAUGCCCUCCGGGAAGUGCUAGAAUGCCCCAUCUGCAUGGAGUCCUUCACAGAAGAGCAGCUGCGUCCCAAGCUCCUGCACUGUGGCCAUACCAUCUGCCGCCAGUGCCUGGAGAAGCUAUUGGCCAGUAGCAUCAAUGGUGUCCGCUGUCCCUUUUGCAGCAAGAUUACCCGCAUAACCAGCUUGACCCAGCUGACAGACAAUCUGACAGUGCUAAAGAUCAUUGAUACAGCUGGGCUCAGCGAGGCUGUGGGGCUGCUCAUGUGUCGGUCCUGUGGGCGGCGUCUGCCCCGGCAGUUCUGCCGGAGCUGUGGUUUGGUGUUAUGUGAGCCCUGCCGGGAGGCAGACCAUCAGCCUCCUGGCCACUGUACACUCCCUGUCAAAGAAGCCGCUGAGGAGCGGCGUCGGGACUUUGGAGAGAAGUUGACUCGUCUGCGGGAACUUAUGGGGGAGCUGCAGCGGCGGAAGGUAGCCUUGGAAGGUGUCUCCAAGGACCUUCAGGCAAGGUAUAAAGCAGUUCUCCAGGAGUAUGGACACGAGGAACGCAGGGUCCAGGAUGAGCUGGCUCGCUCUCGGAAGUUCUUCACAGGCUCUUUGGCUGAAGUUGAGAAGUCCAAUAGUCAAGUGGUAGAGGAGCAGAGUUACCUUCUUAACAUUGCAGAGGUGCAGGCUGUGUCUCGCUGUGACUACUUCCUGGCCAAGAUCAAGCAAGCAGAUGUAGCACUACUGGAGGAGACAGCUGAUGAGGAGGAGCCAGAGCUUACUGCCAGCUUACCUCGGGAGCUCACCCUGCAAGAUGUGGAGCUCCUUAAGGUAGGUCAUGUUGGCCCCCUCCAAAUUGGGCAAGCUGUUAAGAAGCCCCGGACAGUUAACAUGGAAGAUUCCUGGGCCAUGGAGGCGGCAGCCUCUGCUGCUUCUACCUCUGUUACAUUUAGAGAGAUGGACAUGAGCCCGGAGGAAGUGGUUGCCAGCCCUAGGGCCUCACCUGCUAAACAGCGGGGUCCUGAGGCAGCCUCCAAUAUCCAGCAGUGCCUCUUUCUCAAGAAGAUGGGGGCCAAAGGCAGCACUCCAGGAAUGUUCAAUCUACCAGUCAGUCUCUACGUGACCAGUCAAGGUGAAGUGCUAGUUGCUGACCGUGGUAACUAUCGUAUACAAGUCUUUACCCGCAAAGGCUUUUUGAAGGAAAUCCGCCGCAGCCCCAGUGGCAUUGAUAGCUUUGUGCUAAGCUUUCUUGGGGCGGAUCUACCCAACCUCACUCCUCUCUCAGUGGCAAUGAACUGCCAGGGGCUGAUUGGUGUGACUGACAGCUAUGAUAACUCCCUCAAGGUAUAUACCUUGGAUGGCCACUGUGUGGCCUGUCACAGGAGCCAGCUGAGCAAACCAUGGGGUAUCACAGCCCUGCCAUCUGGCCAGUUUGUAGUAACCGAUGUGGAAGGUGGAAAGCUUUGGUGUUUCACAGUUGAUCGAGGAUCAGGGGUGGUCAAAUACAGCUGCCUGUGCAGUGCUGUGCGGCCCAAAUUUGUCACCUGUGAUGCUGAGGGCACCGUCUACUUCACCCAGGGCUUAGGCCUCAAUCUGGAGAAUCGACAGAAUGAGCACCACCUGGAAGGUGGCUUUUCCAUUGGUUCUGUAGGCCCCGAUGGGCAGCUGGGUCGCCAGAUUAGCCACUUCUUCUCGGAGAAUGAGGAUUUCCGCUGCAUUGCUGGCAUGUGUGUGGAUGCUCGUGGUGAUCUCAUUGUGGCUGACAGUAGUCGCAAGGAAAUUCUCCAUUUUCCUAAGGGUGGGGGCUAUAGUGUCCUUAUUCGAGAGGGACUUACUUGUCCGGUGGGCAUAGCCCUCACUCCUAAGGGGCAGCUGCUGGUCUUGGACUGUUGGGAUCAUUGCAUCAAGAUCUACAGCUACCAUCUGAGAAGAUACUCCACCCCAUAGGGGAUAAGAAAUAUCAUUUUCUUCUGCUCCCAAGCCAGCUUCCCUUCCCAUAGUUCUUGGUUGUUAGUGGCACAUAUAGAAUAGACUCGGCAUAUGUCCUGAUUCCAGCUGGGUAGUUCUAGAACUUUAGAAGCUCCAUCUUUUUAUGUUUUUUAUUUGUUAUUUCCCCCUCCCCACUUCCCACCUAAAUUUAGAGCUUUAAAAGAUGCACUGCCCAAAUAGGACAUGCAAUGGUGUUAGCUGAAGUUUGAUUAGCAAUUAGGCACUUCCAAGGCUUUAGUAGAGAGAGCCACUUUAGCCCUUUGUGCCAUGUUUGAAAUUUGCCCUUGUAUUAAAUCCUUGAUUUUUUCCCGUUUGGCUCUGAUGCCCUUGAUCCAUUGUUUCCUUCCUAUUAUAAUGUGCUUCAUCUGUGACACUUUCUCUUCAACUCUGAUUGGAUUCACUGUGCAUGCUUCAGUGGGAUCUGCUCCACCUUUCAGUGACAUUUCAGACAUAUUCCUGUAACAUUAUGUCUCAGUCUGAUCGUCUUUACCAGUGUGAAAGCUCAUUCAUUUAGUGCUACCAAAGGGGAUACACAGGCCCUUUAGGAAGCAGUACCUCUCGCCUGGAGGAUCUGUGCCAUCUUGGAUUGAGAACUGCAGAUGUGACAGAAUGGAUUGACCCUAGUUGGUUGGUAUUGACGACUUCAGCCUGGAAAUUGCUUGCCUUUUAAAGAAGCAUAAUAUGGAUUGGAAUUAUGCCAAAGCAUAGGAAGCUAGGAAUAAGCAAACAAAUGCUGAUAUAGUCAGCAAACUUGGAUAGUCUCUAGGGCUCAUCGUUUUUCAUACUACCUCUCUCUUCUGGCCUGUGUCUAAGGAAUUGUACAGCAUAGGCCAGGGCCAACAAAAUGGAGAGGUGGACACAUUUUCAUGUUCAUUACUAAAACAAACAGCAAAACUGUUGGUUUGUUAUUCUGUAUUUUCCUCAAGUGAGUACAUACUAUUUGGUUUCAGGAUUUCUUUCCAUUUCUCUAUCAAGCAUUAAAUAAUUGAGAACUGUUUCUUCAUCACUGGUGUUCAUGUCUUUUAAUUAAAUAUGGAAUUUUGGAGAUGAUAAGAGGGAUAACCUGCGCUAUGCCAUUUUACUUCCUUAUCUCACUGUGUUCUUUGAAAGUGUAGGUAUCUAACCACGUCAAAAUUCAGCCAAAAGCACUGUUAUGUAAAGAUAAUAACAAAUCUUUCUCCCAAAUACAUAUGUACAGAAUCAUCCCCCAAGGUUUAGAGUCGCCAAUACCCUAUUCUAAAUUGAGCUUCUGCUAUAUGUUUUAUGUUUAUAAUUACAGCUCACAAAAAGGAAUUUAGUCUUGUUUUUGAGAUCAGAAGUGGGUGAGAGAACCUGUGAUGAGGUUUCUGAGGCUUCAGUGUUUACUAAGCAAUAUAUCUUACUCUAGGUGCAGGGCUGAUGGCAAGCCAAAGAGCAACUCCCUUGCUUUCAUGUAAACAAAAUUUGCUAAACUGAGCUGCUCAAAAUUGUUUGUAUGGUAGUAGUGUUUCUUUGGCUUGUAUCGUAAUAGCUGCCAAAGGAUAGGUAAAGAGGUCACUAAAAUGAUGUUGAACUAG